AUGCCGCCAAAGAAGGCUGCAGAAGGCGGGGGCGCCAAGAAGAAGGUGGAGCGGAAAUACUCCGCAGUCGAGUUGGGCGAUUACCUCCUCGGCUCGCCGGUGUUUGUUAGAGAGCCCUCGAAGGAGGAAAUGUACGUGAAGGCGAUUGUGAAGAGCAUCAGCGGAACACAGCUCACAGUCGAUAUCGACGGCAACACGAAAACCGUCGAAGUCGCCGAGUGCCUUAACGCCAAUGUCGGCAUUGAUCCCGUCACCGUCGUCGAUCUCGCCAAACUGCCUCACGCCAACGAGGCUUGCGCCCUCGAGGUCAUGCGGGAAAGAUACGUUCGGGAUCAGAUUUACACAUACGCCGGAAGACUGCUGGUGGCGAUGAACCCGUUCAAACUCAUUCCCGGUCUCUACGAGCCUGCAACUGUGACCAAGUACCAGAACGCCGACACCUCUCGAGGCUUCCCGACAGAUGUCCCUCCCCACACCUACGCCGUCGCUCAGACUGCGAUGGACAUGCUCAAAAUGACAAAAGAAAACCAAUCUUGUGUCGUCAGUGGUGAAUCCGGAGCCGGAAAGACAGAGACUGCGCGUCAACUUAUGCAGUACUUUGCGACUUCGAAGUCGGGAACGGGCGGUGAUAAGAUCCAGGAAAUCAUUCUUGGAGCGAACCCGCUUCUUGAGGCCAUUGGAAAUGCAAAGACACUCCGAAACAACAAUUCCUCGCGUUUCGGUCGUUUCGUGUCUCUCGACGUUGCGCCCACCGGCGGCAUCCACGGAGGCAUCGUCAGCAACUACAUGCUUGAGCUGUCGCGUAUCGAGUUCCAGGGCCAGGGCGAGAGAAGCUAUCAUAUUUUCUACCAAAUGAUCAAAGGCCUGCAGCCGGACGAAAAGCAAAAGUGCGCGCUGAAGGAGGCCCCCCAGUACGAAUUCCUGAACAAAUCCGGCUGCUACGAAGUCGAAACUGUCAACGACUUGAAAGAAUUCGCGGAAGUCCGACAACAGCUCAAACUGCUCUUCUCCCCGGAAGAAGAGCUUGACUACUUUAAAUGCCUUUCUGCUGUAAUUCUUGCUGGAAACAUCAAAUACAAAAACACUCAAGCUAUGGGAACUGACAAAGCUGGAAAAGUCGUGAACGAUGACGACUUUCAGAUGAUCGCCUCGCUGCUUGGAGCCGACGCCGCAGCUCUGAAUGAGGCUGUUACAAUCAAUAUCGUGGAGGUCCAGGGGAACGUGAUUAAAUCGCCUCUGUCGGCAGAUCAGGCGACGGUUAUGAUUCGGUCCAUGGCGAAAGAGCUUUACAACACUCUUUUUGACUACAUUGUCAAGAGUGUGAACAAACAAAUUCAAUUCGAUGCAGAAUCGAAGCCGUGGAUUGGUAUUUUGGAUAUUUACGGAUUCGAGUUCUUCCAGAAAAACUCCUACGAACAGUAUCUUAUCAACUACGCGAACGAAAGGUUGCAGCAGUUCUUCAUUCAACAAGUUUUCCAGGCUGAGAAAGUCGAGUACGAGGCAGAAGGUAUUGACCACUCUAUGAUUGUCUACUCGGACAACGCCACUGUCUUGGAGGUUUUUGACAAGCCGAAGGCUGGGAUUUUUGCCUACCUUGAGGAGCAGUGUCUGAUCCAAACAGGUUCGAGUGAAUCCUUCACUGCCGCAUGUCACAAGAACAUUAAGAAUCCGUGUUUCCAAAUUCCAAAAGGCGAUGCGCGUCUUUCCUUCUUGAUCGUGCACACGGCGGCUCCGGUCACCUACGACACAACUGAGUUUGUGCCCAAAAACAAAAUGCGUUUGCCGAACGAGCUCCUCGUUGUCUUCAAGAGUGCCAAGAACCUCUGCAUGAAGAACGCGUUCGCAGAUAUCGAAAUUCCUGACACGAAAAACAUGCGCGGGAAAUUCGUGGGGUCUAAAUUCCAGAAAUCCAUGACGGGCCUCAUGACCACCCUCAAGUCCUCUCACGCCCAUUUCGGCCGGUGCAUUAAGCCGAACCAAGUGAAGAAGCCUCAGGUGUUUGAGACAGAAACGACCUUAGGGCAGAUGAUCAGUUUGUCUGUGCUGGAAGCCGUUGCCAUCAUCCACAAAGGUUUUGCAUACCGAGCGUCUUUCCAAGAUUUUGUCCAGGACAACAACGUGCUGAUGAGUGUCUUGGGAGCGAAAGUGGAAGGCAGCGACAUGAAGCAGGCGUGCAUUACGAUGCUUGAUCGCCUGGCUAUCCCCAAGGAAGAGUACCAGCUCGGUAACACGAAAAUCUUCUUGAGGAAAACCGGGUGGCUUAUGAUCGACAAGCACUUUCGAACCGUCAUGGCGAACUUGAAGCCGCUGAUUCUCAAGCUCCAGUCCAUUUACCGAGCCUACAAAGCCCGCGUUCUGUACACGAGCUUCUCUCGCCGCGUGGUGCGCAUCCAAGCCCUGAUGAGGCGCUACGAAUUGCGAAAAUCAGCGCUCCAGAAAAAAAUCGGCUGCCGCAUUUUCGCCGGCUCCAUCUUCUUGGGGAUGUUCUGCCAGUCCCAGAAGGAGUUGCGACAAGUCAAGGCUCGCAUGCUCAUGAAGAAAGCGGCCGCCAUUGGCUAUGCUGGAAUCGGCGGAAUCCGGUGGAAACAGUUCAUGAUCUCGCACCGCAUGAUUCGGGCGGCGGUGAAAAUCCAGAGCCACUGGAGACGCCACGCAGCUCAGAAGUUGGCGAAAAAGUUGAGUUACGAGAAAAUGCGAAACAACGCUGCGACGGACAUCCAGCGCGUCUGGCGGGGCUACCUGGGACGCCUCCGCGUACAACUCAUGCGCCUUCUGACGCCCUAUGCAAUCACGAUUCAGCGAUUUUGGAGGGGCUACAGGACCAGGUCUUCGGCCAUGUAUCGUACGCAUGCAAAAAUAUUCGACGGCAUUCGGCGAGGCUUCCUCGAGGAUCAAGGGCGCGUCGUUAUUCAGAGUUGCAUGCGCCGCUACAUUGUCCUCUCGAGACUCCAAAAUGUCACCCAAGCUGCGUAUAGCAUGCAGAAAUUCGCUCAAGCCAAGCUGCUACGCAUGUACGUCUCCAACGUGCAUGCGGCCACCCUCACGAUCCAGGCUUGGUGGAGAGGAAAUCGAGUGCGGCGCAUCCUCCAGGAAGAGAAACUAAAGCUGGUCCUUGCCGGCCAUCUGAUGCGCGCAGAAAAACAGACCCUCCAAGAGUGUCAGCAGGCAGUGGUGCUUCUGCGAGACAGAGAAAGAUGCGGGAAGCGGCUAAAGUCGUGGCAACUCAUUCACGUGAACGUCAGUGUUGAACGCGAUGACGUCUAUCCCAAGGGAUGGGCCACGGGCAUCCGCACAGUGGAGAGUUUCAACCCUGCAGCUGAUUUGUCGCACAUUGAGCUCGGCGCGUUCCACACGGUCGUCGCGACAAGCUCCGGAUACGUGUACACUUACGGCCUGAACGACCGGGGCCAGCUGAGCGUCGGCGCCUCGUCGGUCUCGGGUCUCCCUUUGCCGAUGCAGCCCAUCACCGGCCUCCUCUUCCCGAUCAAAAUCAAACAAGUUAGCUGCGGCGUCGAUCACACGCUCCUCCUCGACGGCGACGGACGCGUCUUCGCCUGGGGAUCCAAUCAAUACGGACAGUGCGGCUGUGCGCCUCGUCAGGAGGUUGUGCCGGAAGCCUCUGAGGUGCACUUUGCUUCCACUCGCGGAGCGAGCACCCCGAUGGCUAGGCGCGCAAUCACGAUGCUGAGCGCCGGAGCCUAUCACAACGCCGCGAUCGACGAUAAAGGCCGCGUGUACAUGUGGGGUCGAGGCGAUCACAUUUACAUCCGCGGAGUCUUCAGUGACGUUCCGCUGCCUCUGUGGAUCACGCACGAUUCGAUCGUGGACAUUGGGCCACUCGACAGCGUGGAGUGUGGACUCGGCUUCACGUAUCUCCUCGCGAAGGACGGAACUGUCUACGUGUUCGGACAAGCGAUUAACGGCCAGCUCGGUCUGGGUAGCAAGCACAGGCGAUCGCGUGUUGCAGUGCCGAUUGAAAACAUCGAAGAACGCGUCACCUCCAUCAGCUGCGGCGUUCACACAACCCUCGCCGUCACACCCUCCGGCACCGUUUACCAGUGGGGCGUCUUCCUGCUCUGGGACACCAACUCUCAGGUCUGUGUUAAGGCUCAGUCGUUCGUGCCCAUGUCGGUCGACUUGAGGCGAGGCGGCAUCACGGGUGUCGCCAUCGACGUGAAGGUUGGAUGGUGGGAGGGCGUCGUUCUCACCUCCGACGGACUCCUGUGGGCUUGGAACUUUUUCGAUCAGCCGAGCGAGGACGUUUUGCGUCCUGCCGUCUACCAGUACGUUCUGACGGAGGGUCAGAUCGUGCGGGCGGUUCACGUGGUUUCGUCGCCGCUCUUUUCAGCCGUCUUUUCAAAAUUGGAAGAAGACAAAGCUGCCGAGAAAAUGCGAGGGUCUGCGGCCGCUCCCUCCGCAGUUCGCACGCGGCCGUCCGUCAAUCCGCACUGGGAUCCCUUAGCGUACAACAAGGUUUCCACGAUGCAUCUUUUUCGAUGA